AUGACCAACCACAUCACGUUCUUCUACCGCUCGUGCCCUGCCGUUGGCAAGCAGAUUGGCAGCACUAUCGGCCGCCUCUACACUCAAGUAACAGUCGAUAUCUCGAUCGCGCUCCAAGCGGCACAAGUAUUUCAAUUGCCGGUGGCUUGUCCUGUGCCACUCCAGCUCUUGUACGGAACGACGCUUAGAGAUCGAGAUUUGGAGAUUGCCAAAGGCUAUGCCGAUACCCUCAGCAAGAAGAUCAAGAGUGGAAUUAAAGAAAUCAAGAAAUAUCUCAAGCAAGGGCAUGGUAUCAUCGAUACUCUCUCGGGAAAGACAUCCAACCCGGUUGGCGGCCAGAGACAGGUUGACGCUACUACUACCUACGACGUUAUUAUAGGUACAUUCUUAGAGGAUGCAAAACGAUACCAGAGCGAUAGCUGGACGUCGAAAUUUCUGGUGUGGUGUGCCAACUUCAGUGCUGGUGCUCUUGACUACAUUGCCAAUUCCCUUCCACUCCGAUCAGUGGCUAAUUCGGAAACCGACACGAGAACAGAUGGGCGUAUGGCAAACCGAAAGUACUGGCAGCGCCGGCGUACCCUGGCUCGAGUAGUCAACACGAUCGUCCAUCGCCUCCCGGGUCACUCGCGGGUCAUAUAUGCCGCUCUCGGAGUGAAAAAUUACUAUUUCUCCCCUCGCCAUGGUCUCUCCGACCCUCAACUUGACUCGAUAAUAUCAUGGGUCCUUAUGGAUCUAGAAGAAGAAGAUUUGACUAUUUUGGACCAACAUCCAGAUAUAUAUUGUCCUGUUCAAGCCAUAACUGAGAGGACCCAGUUAAGGUAA